UCCCAAGAAUCGAAGCCCUACUUGCUGUUCUUGCAGUUCGGCGGGAUCGCUAAAACCCUUCUAAACCCUCUCUUUAUCGCCUUUGUAGGGAACCAACUUUGCAGAUUAACCCAAUUUUUUGUUAGGGUUUUUAGUUCCGACAAUUUUCCUGAGAAACAAGCAAUGGCACCGCCGUCCAAGAAAUCGCAUCCGAAAAAAUCAAAACGCGAUGAUAAGCUUCGCGGAGCCUCCAAAAAACCGUUUAAACCCAGAAUGAGACAGAACGAGGCCAUUCCGUCGGAAUCCCUAGCUCUUCAGAUGGAAGACGACGUCCCGGAUUUCCCCAGAGGUGGAGGGAGUUUGCUGAGUCGGCAAGAGCACGAUGAAAUUCGUGCCGAAGUCGAUGCAGAAUUUGAAGCUGGGGAGAGGAAGACGAAGAAAAAGAAUAAGAAUGCAAAGAAGACCAAGAAGAGCUAUGCACUGGAGGAUGACAUGGGUUCACUUUUUGGUGACGGCAUCACUGGAAAAUUACCUAGGUUUGCAAAUAAGAUCACUUUGAAGAAUAUUUCUCCCGGAAUGAAGCUCUGGGGAGUCGUUGCUGAAGUAAAUGAGAAAGACCUCGGUAUUAGUCUUCCCGGUGGCUUACGUGGAUUAGUUCGUGCAAGUGAAGCAUUUGAUCCCCUUUUUAGUAAUGAAAUUAAGGAUGCUGAAGGUAUUUUCCUUCCUAGAAUAUUUCAUAUUGGGCAGCUAGUUUCUUGUGUUGUGUUGCAAUUGGAUGAUGACAAGAAAGAGAAGGGGAAACGAAGGAUUUGGCUUUCUUUGCGCCUCUCCUUGUUGCAUAAGGGCUUCACCUUGGAUGCCCUUCAGGAAGGAAUGGUCCUUACUGCAUAUGUCAAAAGCAUUGAAGAUCAUGGCUACAUUCUUCAUUUUGGAUUGCCUUCAUUCACUGGAUUCUUGCCAAAGAACAGCCAAGCUGAGAAUAUCGAGAUUAACACUGGGCAAAUUUUACAAGGGGUCAUCAGAAGCAUUGAUAAAGCCCAUAAAGUGGUUUACUUGAGUUCUGACCCUGAUACAAUUUCUAAAUGUGUGACUAAGGAUCUGAAGGGUAUCUCAAUCGAUCUUCUCAUUCCAGGCAUGAUGGUUAAUGCUCGUGUGCAGUCAACUUUUGAAAAUGGGGUUAUGUUAUCAUUUCUUACAUACUUCACAGGAACUGUUGAUAUAUUUCAUUUGCAAACGAUUUUUCCUUCCUCAAACUGGAAGGAUGACUACAAUCAGAAUAAGAAGGUUAAUGCUCGAAUAUUAUUUAUUGAUCCCUCAACUAGAGCUGUUGGUUUGACCCUGAAUCCUCACCUUGUUAAUAACAAGGCUCCUCCUUGUCCUGUUAAAACCGGUGAUAUCUAUGACCACUCAAAAGUAAUCAGAGUUGACAGAGGACUGGGCCUUCUGCUCGAAGUCCCUUCUACUCCAGCUUCAACUCCAACAUAUGUUACUUUAUUUGAUGUGGCUGAUGAGGAAGUUCGGAAAAUGGAUAAGAAGUAUAAGGAAGGUAGCCAUGUUCGUGUUCGAAUUCUUGGGUUUAGAAACUUGGAAGGGCUUGCAAUGGGGACUUUAAAGGCCAGUGCUUUUGAAGGUUCAGUAUUCACCCACUCAGAUGUCAAGCCCGGCAUGGUUGUGAAAGCAAAAGUUAUUGCUGUUGAUAGUUUUGGUGCUAUAGUGCAGUUCCCCAGUGGUGUAAAGGCACUCUGCCCUCUUCGGCAUAUGUCUGAGUUUGAUAUUGUGAAGCCUAGGAAAAAAUUCAAGGUCGGAGCUGAAUUGAUAUUCCGUGUGCUCGGUUGCAAGUCCAAGAGAAUAACUGUUACUCACAAGAAAACCCUUUUGAAAUCAAAGCUUGGAAUUAUUAGUUCAUACACUGAUGCUACUGAAGGAUUAAUUACACAUGGAUGGAUAACAAAGAUUGAGAAACAUGGAUGCUUUAUCCGAUUCUAUAAUGGAGUCCAAGGAUUUGCCCCGAGUUCCGAACUUGGAUUAGAACCAGGAUGCAACACAAGUUUGAUGUAUCAUGUUGGGCAAGUUGUCAAAUGCAGAGUAAAAGGUUCUGUUCCUGCUUCACGGCGGAUCAACCUUAGUUUCAUUAUGAAACCAACAAGGAUUUCUGAAGAUGAUAUGGUUAAGUUGGGUAGCGUGGUUAGAGGAGUAGUUGACCGGGUGACCCCUCAUGCAAUAAUUGUAAAUGUUAGUGCAAAAGGUUACUUGAAGGGUACAAUUUCUACUGAGCAUUUGGCUGAUCAUCAAGGACAUGCUGCUUUGAUGAAGUCGACACUUAAACCUGGAUACGAGUUUGAUCAACUAUUGGUUCUAGAUGUUGAAGGUAACAAUUUUAUACUCUCUGCCAAGUAUUCUCUUAUCAAUUCUGCCCAACAGCUCCCUCUGGAUCUCACUCAGAUUCAUCCGAACUCAGUAGUCCAUGGGUACAUUUGUAACAUAAUUGAAACUGGUUGCUUUGUCCGCUUCCUUGGGCGUUUGACUGGAUUCUCUCCUAGAAACAAGGUGAUGGAUGACCAAAGAGCUGUUCCUUCUGAAGCCUUUUUCAUUGGGCAAUCUGUUCGGAGUAAUAUACUUGAUGUUAACAGUGAAACAGGUAGAAUAACACUUUCUUUGAAGCAGUCAUGUUGCUCAUCAACAGAUGCAUCAUUUAUACAAGAAUAUUUUCUUUUGGAGGAGAAGAUUGCUAAGCUUCAGUUAUCAGACUCCGAACACUCUGAGUUAAAAUGGGCUGAAGGCUUUAAUAUUGGCACUGUCAUUGAAGGAAAUAUUCAUGAUGCAAAAGAUUUUGGAGUUGUCAUCAGCUUUGAGAAGUAUAAUGAUGUUUUUGGUUUUAUCACACACUAUCAAUUAAAUGGAACUACGGCGGAAAGAGGUUCCACAGUUCAAGCUGUGGUUCUUGAUGUUGCCAAGACAGAACGCCUUGUGGAUUUAUCUUUAAAGCCAGAGUUUCUUGAUAGACACAAGGAAGACAGUUCUAACAGCCAGGCUGGCAAAAAGAAACGCAGAAGAGAAGCAUACAAGGAGUUGCAACCACAUCAAACUGUAAAUGCAAUUGUGGAAAUUGUGAAAGAAAAUUACUUGGUUCUUUCAUUGCCAGAGUAUAACUAUGCUAUAGGAUAUGCUUCUGUAUCUGACUACAACACACAAAAGUUUGCUCAGAAACAAUUUCUUCAUGGGCAAAGCGUCAUUGCUAGUGUUAUGGCACUUCCAAGCCCUUCAACAGUUGGAAGGUUGCUUUUGGUUCUUAAAUCUGUUAGUGAGGCUACAGAGACUUCUAGUUCAAAAAGGGCCAAAAAGAAAUCCAGCUAUAAUGUGGGAUCUCUGGUUCAAGCAGAGAUUACUGAAAUAAAGCCUCUUGAGUUAAGGUUGAAAUUUGGAAUUGGUUUCCAUGGGAGGGUUCAUAUAACAGAGCAGGUAUGUGAUGAAAAUGUUAUUGAGAAUCCCUUUAGUAACUUUAGGAUUGGGCAAACAGUGUCUGCAAGAAUUGUUGCAAAAGCCAAUAAAUCAGAAAAUAAUGGUAAAAACCACCAAUGGGAGCUGUCCAUCAAACCAGAGAUGCUUACAGGUUCCAUUGAAGUUGAGAACAAGCUUGUGGAUGCAGAAUUCAGGAUUUCAACUGGACAACGGGUAACUGGUUAUGUGUAUAAAGUGGAAAAUGAAUGGAUCUGGUUAACGAUAUCGCGUCAUAUUAAGGCUCAGCUAUUUCUACUUGACACUUCAUGUGAACCUAAUGAACUUCAAGAAUUCCAGAAGCGCUUUGGAGUGGGAAAAGCUGUUUCUGGUUAUGUUUUAAGUGCCAAUAAGGAGAAAAAACUAUUGCGCAUGGUGCUACAUCAGUUCUCCGUCUCUAAUGAAACACUUGAUGGCAAAGUUUUAAAUAUUGAUAAUCAACACUGCAACCCUCCUAUUGAGAACUUGAUUCCCCAUAUUCAUGAAGGAGAUACUCUUGGUGGUAGAAUUUCCAAAAUACUUCCAGGUGUUGGUGGAUUGCUUGUCCAAAUUGGUCCUCAUCUGUAUGGUAAGGUUCAUUUUACUGAACUAAAGGACUCUUGGGUGUCUGACCCAUUGUCCGGUUAUCAUGAAGGGCAGUUUGUAAAAUGCAAGGUCCUGGAAAUAGGCCAUUCAGAGAAGGGUACUGUCCAUGUUGACUUAUCACUACGGUCAUCCUUAAAUGGCAUGCAUUCACCUAGCAGCGUAGAAAAGAUAGACAAUCUUCAUCCUGAUAUGCUUGUGCAGGGAUAUGUUAAGAAUGUUACCUCAAAAGGAUGUUUUAUUUUGCUUUCCCGGAAGCUUGAUGCUAGAAUCCUCCUUGCAAAUUUAUCUGAUGGAUAUGUUGAAAAACCUGAAAGAGAAUUUCCUAUUGGAAAACUUGUAAGUGGAAGGGUGUUAUCUGUGGAGCCUUUGUCUCGGCGAGUUGAAGUCACCCUCAAGACGUCAAGUGCAACUAGUGUGCAAAAAUCUGAAGUAAACGAUUUUAGUAGCAUCCUUGUUGGAGAUAUUAUUUCUGGCACGAUUAAGAGGGUUGAGUCGUAUGGUUUAUUUAUAACCAUUGAUGACACAAACAUGGUUGGGUUGUGCCAUAUUUCAGAGCUUUCAGAUGAUCAUAUUAGCAACAUUGAGACUAAAUAUAAAGCUGGGGAGAGAGUUGCAGCAAAGAUCUUAAAGGUGGAUGAGGAAAGGCACCGGAUUUCUCUUGGAAUGAAGAAUUCAUAUAUUAAAGAAACAACCCAAAAAAAUGGUUUUGUUGAUGACACUCAAUUGUCAACAUUUCUGGAAAACGACUCUCGUGAAAUCCAAAAUUUGGAUGUUGAAUAUGAAGACGAAGAGUACCCAGUUCUUUCACAAGUGGAGUCAAGGGCCUCAAUUCUUCCACUUGAGGUUGAUCUUGAUGAUGUAAAUCACUCCAAUUUGGAUGAUGCAGUUGGUCAAAAUCAUAUUUAUACUAACGAGACAAACACCAUAGAUGAGAAAAGCAAGAGACGGGCCAAGAAAAAGGCCAAGGAAGAAAAGGAGCAAGAAAUUAGGGCUGCUGAGGAACGACUAAUGCUGAAUGAUGUGCCAAGAACUGCCGAUGAGUUUGAAAAGCUGGUUAGAGGUUCCCCUAAUAGCAGCUUUCUAUGGAUAAAAUACAUGGCUUUGAUGCUGUCUUUGGCUGAUAUUGAGAAAGCUCGCUCAAUCGCUGAAAGGGCUUUGAGAACAAUAAAUAUCAGGGAAGAGUCUGAGAAGUUGAAUAUUUGGAUGGCGUAUUUUAAUUUAGAAAAUGAAUAUGGGAAUCCUCCAGAGGAAGCUGUUGUGAAGGUAUUUCAAAGAGCAUUGCAGUAUUGUGAUCCUAAAAAGGUGCAUCUAGCACUCUUAGGCAUGUAUGAAAGGACUGAGCAACAUAAGUUAGCAGACGAGCUUCUUGAGAAAAUGACCAAGAAGUUCAAGCAUUCAUGCAAAGUUUGGUUAAGAAGGGUGCAGAAUGUCUUGAAGCAACACCAAGAUGGAGUUCAACCUGUUAUAAAUCGGGCUCUUUUAUGUCUUCCCCGCCAUAAGCAUAUUAAAUUCAUCUCACAGACUGCUAUCCUUGAAUUCAAAUCUGGGGUUCCUGAUAGAGGACGAUCCAUGUUUGAAGGGAUGCUGCGGGAGUACCCGAAGAGAACAGACUUGUGGAGUGUCUACCUUGAUCAAGAAAUUCGACUCGGAGAUAUUGACAUUAUUCGUGCACUAUUUGAGAGGGCAAUUAACCUCAGCCUUGAACCCAGAAAAAUGAAGUUCUUAUUCAAGAAGUACCUCGAGUAUGAGAAGUCUCAGGGUGAUGAGGAACGGAUUGAAUCUGUAAAGAGGAAGGCGAUGGAGUAUGCCAACAGCACACUUGCUUAAUACCGAUCUUCUUUGUUUCAGCCUAGUUUCCCAUUUCCACUGUUUGCUGGAAUGUAUGCAUGCUUGAGUGACUUGGUAUUCAUGUACCAUAGUUUUUUUUACCAUUAGUGCUAAAUUUUGUUUGUGUUUGUGUUUUCGUUUUUUUGGCAUUAAAUCCAAUUAAAAAAAUCCCAUGUAAGAGUUGAGAGCUAAAUGUAGAAUGGUUGGAUGUUACAUAAAGUUGUUAAAAGUUAUCUUUUUGCUAACAA